AUGAACAAAGCAAAGGAGGAUGUGCAUCAUGAUAAAAGUGUUCAGGGGGAUAUAUGUAACAAUAAAUAUUCCCUAAUAUCUAAGCAGACCUUAAGUCAGAAGCAAAACACCCUAUGGAAUAUUCUGAACUAUCGUAGGGUUCCAAAUGAAGGUCUAAAUGAAAUAACGAUUAUGCACAUUUUGCACCAUAUAUCUUCUCAAAAUUUGUGCAAUAGUGAGAAGAAUGUUAAAAUUGGUGAAAGAGAAAAUCGUAUAUAUAGUGCAUUUGUCAGGAGUAAAUACAUCGGGUUCGGACAUGGAAUUGGCAGAUCGGGAAAUCUAGACGACGUGCAACCAAAGAGUGCUGGAAACAGCAUACUAGCUAAGGUAACCACAGGGUUUGUAAAAGACUUAAUAAAAAGUUUUGGAAUAAGAGGUUGUGAAGAUGUGUACAUAUUACCAUACGCUACAGGGAUGUGUAUAAGCACUUGUUUAUUGUAUAUUAGGAAAUUAAGGAAAAGCAGCGAAUAUGUAAUCGUUUCCAGAAUCGAUCAUAAGACAUGUUAUAAAUGCAUAGAUUUUUGCAACUUAAAAUAUUUAGUAGUAGAUAUGAUAUAUAGAGAUGAAGAAUUGUUUACAGAUUUAGAUACAAUAGAAAAAUUGAUAAAGAUAUAUAAUGAGAAAAUAUGUUGUGUUAUGUCAGUUACAUCUAGCUAUGCACCUAGAAAUUCAGAUGAAAUUGUAAAAAUUUCUCAUAUUUGUAAAAGAAAUGACAUUCCACAUAUAAUUAACAAUGCAUUCGGAUUACAAUGUAAUUAUUUAUGCAAUCAAAUUCAGAAAUGUUUUGAAUCAAAAGGAAGAGUUGAUUUCGUUAUCCAAAGUUGUGAUAAAAAUUUCCUAGUCCCAGUAACUGGAGGCAUAGUAUUUAAUUUUGACAAAAAACAAAUGAAAGAAUUAAAAAAACAUUAUCCUGGUAGAACACCUGUUCAUGCAUAUUUAGAUUUGUUUAUCACAUUACUUGAAUUGGGGAAAAAAAAAAUUCUGAAUUUAAGAAAAGAAAGAGAAGAAAAUUUCAUUUGGCUGCAGAAACAAAUUUCUACAUUAUGUUCAAAAUACAACUUGUCAUUAAUCAAAAACAGCAAAAAUAAAAUAUCUAUGGCUAUUAAUUUGAAUAAUUUAUAUAAUUUAUGUAAUAUAACUGACCCUAAGAUUAUUACUUUACUUGGUUCUUUACUUUUUUAUAGAAAUGUUACAGGGCAUAAGGUUAUUUGUUCCCCACUUCUCAUUCGAAAUGGAAAUAUGAAUCAUGGUAAGAAGCAGAUGCAGACAAAUAUAGAACCCACUUUAGAUACUCACUAUGAAAAGGUAAACCCUAAUACGAGAUACAACAUUACUGAACAGGGUAUACAAACGGAUGGAAUAAUUUUCUCAAAUAAGACAAAUGGUAAGAAGGAUAAUGCAUAUUUUAUCAAUCCAUGUGAAAACAACAAUGACAAGAACGAAGAAGCAAAGGUAAUUCCAAUUGAUACACUCUCGAAUAACAAUUUUAUGAACACAGUUAUUCAAGGAAAUGCUCUUACUAUUGGUAAUCAUACAUUUAAGUAUUUCGGAUGUAGUUAUGACUUUUAUCCUUUUUCAUACAUUGCCUUUUCAUGUGUCAUUGGGAUUGAGCGGGAGGAGAUGCAAAGCUUUGUUGAAAAGCUAGACGAUUCGAUUAGUUAUUUCAUUCGCAGGUUUCAGAAGAAGGAUCGUUGUGGUAAUGAUUGUGCUAAAGGUUGUGAUGGGGUGAACGACCAUCGUUCAGAGACGCAAUAA